AUGCACCGUCUAACCGAGCACACGCUUCUGGAGCCGCCUUCGCCAGCGUACACAAACGUGACAGUGAGGCGCGCCUUCAUCGUCUGGCUCCACUGUGGUCAGACCAACAAGUUCAAGGACGUCUGCAAUUACUUCCACUUCUUGGAAGGAUUGGAGGACAAGCUCCCAGUGGACAGCCGGGCCGUCAGCCGUCAUCACGAGUUCGAUCUCUUCACCAACCUUCCGCCCUCCUCCACCUACCUCAACUCCCACCACCCCAAACUCUACACCAACACGCAGCUGGAAAACUACUACGUCACCAAACUAGAAGCCAUCAGGAACGAGAAAUGCGUGUUCAAACUAGAAGGCUUUGAGGAGAUCGGACCCAAAAACGGGGUUACUAAACACCAGAUAGUCGAAUCGAGUCAGCUAAUCAGAAGGCAUUGCUUGAGCCACUCUAUUACUCUGAAGAAGUUCCUCAUAGAAUUUAAGGAGUAUGCUUCUAAAUGUCAAUUGAAAAACAACGUUCAAAACGUGGCCUUUUAUAUAAAGAGGAAAAUGAUCAAAGAAGAAAUAACAAUGAUAGCAAAUUGUCCGAGAACAUUCAGUUUUCUUGAAGAGGAAUUCGUUGAAGAUACGUCUGUGAGUUUCCUGAGUCAAAUGAGAUCGUUAGAUAGUAUAAAAUUAUCUCCGACGAUGAAGCUGAACGGUGUUGAUGUUUGGAACAACGAGAAUUUGAAGAACAAGGUAUCGAACGCUAGAAAUGCAUUCGCGAAGAAAUCGAGUCAGAAAAGAAAUGUGAACCAGAUCCAGGAAAAGCAGGAAGCUAGGUACGAUGUAGAAUAUAUGAAAGUUAUUAAGCAGAAGUUGAAAAAUGAAUUAAUGGUAUUGUAAGAAAAUUUCAAAUGGGUUAUAUA